UCCUAUCGAAAUUCGCCAAACGUUUGCCUGAUAUAGAUCUAUUAUUUGGCGUCGGCGAAGCACAAAGAAAUUUAAAAUGCAGCAGCCGCAACGUUAUCCAUCACAAGUUCCUCAGAUGAGAUCAUAUCCUCAGCCUGGAUAUCCAUCGGCUCCACCAAGGCCAGGAUACAGCCCAGGACCAGGUCAUCCAGUUGCUGGACCCCCUAUGUCAGGUGGAAUUCCACCACGUAUGGGUAUGCCACAUGGGCCAGGCAUGUCACCACACCCUUAUGGAGGCCAGCAAUCAAAAGCAAAGGAAUCUGGCAUGACAAGACCAGGUAUGGGACCGGGGAUGCCCCCACCACAGAUGGGUAUGGGGACACCACUGGACAGGAAGCGACAGAGUGAUUCAAGAGCUGCACAGCAUAUGAAAGCGAAGAAGAAGAAGAAAAUGGCUGACAAAAUUUUACCGCAAAGGGUGAGAGAUCUGGUACCGGAAUCGCAGGCUUACAUGGAUUUACUGGCUUUUGAACGCAAACUUGAUGCUACCAUCACAAGAAAGCGUCUUGAUAUACAAGAGGCUUUGAAAAGGCCAAUGAAGCAAAAGAGAAAGUUGCGUAUCUUCAUUUCAAACACAUUCUACCCAGCUAAACCUGCAGAAGGGGAGGAGGGAGAAGAAUCUGUACCUUCUUGGGAACUGAGGGUCGAGGGCAGACUUCUAGAAGAUGCUGCCAGUGCCAAGCUUAGUGAUGCCAGCAAAACAAAAAGGAAAUUUUCAUCUUUCUUCAAGAGUCUUGUUAUUGAACUGGACAAGGAACUGUAUGGACCAGACAACCACCUUGUAGAGUGGCAUAGAACUCAGAACACCCAAGAGACAGAUGGAUUCCAAGUGAAAAGACCAGGAGACCAGAAUGUACGCUGCACCGUCUUACUUAUGCUGGACUACCAGCCUGCACAGUUCAAGCUUGAUCCACGUUUAGCCCGGCUCCUGGGUGUCCACACCCAGACGCGACCCGUCAUUAUCAAUGCCCUAUGGCAGUACAUCAAAACGCACAGACUGCAAGACCCACAUGAGAGGGAAUACAUUAACUGUGACAGAUACCUUGAGCAGAUAUUUGAGUGCAAGCGUAUGAAGUUUGCGGAGAUACCUGGAAAGCUUCACAAUCUGUUAAUGCCACCAGACCCGAUAGUCAUCAAUCAUGUGAUAACAGUGGAAGGCCCGGACUCAAGGAAGACCGCGUGUUAUGACAUCGAUGUUGAAGUGGAUGACACGUUGAAACAACAGAUGAAUUCUUUCCUGUUGUCUACACAAAGCCAGAAUGAGAUUGCUAACUUAGAUAGCAAGGUUUGUAUUGGUGGAACUACCAAACGAGGGAUACAUGAGACCGUUGAGACAAUAAACCAGUUGAAGACAAACCGAGAGUUCUUCCUGAGUUUUGCCAAGGAUCCGCAAGAAUUUAUCAACAACUGGCUUAUCUCACAAACAAGAGACCUCAAGACAAUGACAGAUGUAACAGGUAAUCCGGAGGAAGAGAGACACUCCGAUUACUAUGUGAGACCAUGGUCACAAGAAGCCGUCUGCAGAUAUUUCUAUGGAAAGGUUCAGCAGAGACGGAUGGAGUUAGAACAGGCGCUUGGAAUACGCAGCAAUACAUAGAAACGUAAACAUGAUACGUGUUCGUAACAUUGUGUUCACCUGUCCUCAUUAUGUAAAUUCUUCAUCAAUUGAAGCUUUGUAAAUAGAUAGACUGUGGCAGAUCUGCAAUAUCAUUAUAGAAUCUGUGUGAAAGAAAAUUUUGCAAUAGCAGGUUUUAUUUGAAUUUCAAAAUUGGAAGGAUAAGAUUAUUUGAAAAUUCAUUAAUUAAAUAAAGAUAUUAUUAUCUGAGAUGCAAAUAUAAAAAACAUUGUAGAGAUUGUUGUUUUGUGACUUUAAAGAUGCCCAAUGCCUAAAGUAUUGUGAGAACAUGAUUGUGAAUGAACAAGGCGUUGUGUAUGGUUUGUUUUCUUUAUUGCUACUGAUAAACAAAUUAUUGUCUACAAGUAUUUUGGGCAAAACAGACAUUAUUUGACAUGAUGCCAAAUCUACAACAAAUAGUUUACCUUUGGAUAUAGAUAUAUACAUCAGAUGUAGAAAAUCCACAUCAGAUGUAUUUAACUUUACUAAAUACAUAAAUUAAUUCUGUUUGUAGAGCUACAUUCAUGAUUAAAAUUAAUGUCAUGCUGUAACAGUCGACUGUUAAAACUUACAGAUUUUUAGUGGUAGUACACAUUAAUACUGUGUUAGCUAUACAUGUAUUAAGUGCGUACUAUUGUAAAACUUGCAUAUAGUAUUGUUAAUACACAUAAACAUGGUAUGUAGAAAUAGUUUAUAUUUUUUCAACUAUGAAGUUUGGGUCUAGUAUAUAAUUUAAUUAAGCUUUGUUCACAGGAUUUUUAUAUUUAUAAAAGCAAGAUCUUUGUUUAUGGUGUAUAAUUAUCAUUAUCACAUGUUGAUUUCAAGUCUGUAUAGAAUGGAAUAUUUCAGAAGUUUACAAAAUAAAAUGCAGUUGUCAAAGAAGGAUAUUAGGUGAGAUGACUGAAAAUACUGACAGUUACGCAUGUAAUAUAUCUAAUUAUGUAUUCAUUCAGCUGAUAAAGUUGGACUCGAGCCCUUAGUGACAAGAAAAUAUUUGUCUGACAAAAAGCCUGCUGUAAAUACACUGAACAUUUGUAGUCAUUUAGUAUUUUUUGUAAAUACUUAGUCUAUGGAAAAUCUAUGCGAGCUAUUGUUAUCGCCCUAUGUCCAUUUGCUUGUGACGUCAACAAUGGUACUGUAAAGACUAGAGGUCAUGAUGACAACCCAAUCUAAAUGAAACUUUGUGAGAAUAUUUGUCUUGAUAAAAUCUUAGGCUGUUUUGAUACGGGGUCAUUUUGGUUGAAGAACUAGGUCAUAUAAUAGACAAAACCUUGUUAGCACUCUAGAGGUCACAUUUUAUUUUUCAGGUUAAAAGCUUAUCAUUAGUCAAAAUUAUAGACAAACUUUGUUAUCAUUUUAGAAGCCAGAUUUUUUAACUGAUCUUCAUUAAACAUGCUCAAUAUGUUUUAUCUUAUAAAGUCCACUUUGAACUGGGUCUCCUAGGGUAAAAAGUUGGUGAAAUUGUAGAAACAAGUUAUUAAUACUCCAGGGGCUACAUUUUCUACUUGACCUUUGUGAAACCAUGUCAGCCAGUAUUUUAUUAUUAUAUAAAAUCUAGGAACAUUUUGAAAUUAGGUCAACAUGGGUCAAAAACUUGGUCAUUUGGUGGUAUCAAAGAAAAACUUGGUUACCACUCUGGAGUCCUCAUAAUAUUCUGGUCUUCAUGAAAGAUUUACAUAAUGAAGUCAUGGUCAAGUUGGAAUUUGGGUCAUCUUCAGUUAAAAUCUAGGUCACUAGGUUGUGUCCUAGAAAAGUCUUGUAAAAACUCAUGAGGCCAUAUUUUUGCCUGAUCAAUAUGAAGCCUUACCAGAAUGUUUGUCUUAAUGAAACAUAGGUCAAGUUAAAAACUGGGCCAUCUUGCAUAUGAACUAAGUGAUAUCAUAGAAAAAUGGUGACAAAAGUCCAUUUCUGCCUGAUGUUUGCCUAAAAAAAAUCUAGAUCAAACUGGAAAUUGGUUAAUCUUGGGUCGAAACAAAGGCAGUUGCCUUUAAGGCCCUCUUGGUAAUUUUUUCAACAUUUAACUAUUGACAUUCCAUCUGUAAACUUACUGCCUUUUGUAAUGUAAGAAAGUUGUUACCUUUAUAUUGUGUCAAAGUUUGGUAACAUAUUAUCUUUUAAUUUCCUAAAAGCAUAGAGUAUCUGGUUUAUGAGGGAAUCAGUUGUUCUGGGUAUCUUUUCUUCAGGUUCAAAAUGUAUUGAAGAAAAUUGAUCUUGAUGCAAAAUUGCUUUGUUUUUGAGAAAAACAAUUACGUUUCAGAGCAUAGGGUGGUGCUUGUCUGUAUAGUAAAGUGUACAAGAGUUAUUAAAAAGUAAGAAAUAUACAUACCAAUAAAGCAUGAAUGUGGAUAAUGUACGAUUGCUGGUCAUUGUGGUACAUGAUAACUGUUGUAUUUGAGUAUGAAAUAAAUUUUGUCAAAAUGAG